GACAGAACAAUGAGACGGCAAGUACAGCUCUUUAUCGUCGUCCUGUCUCUCGCCUCGGCGCUCGGGCAGGUCAGUUACUCCAUUCCCGAGGAAAUGGCCAGAGGCUCGUUCGUCGGUAACGUAGCGCAGGAUCUGGGUUUAGACCCGGAAAGACUGAAGACCGGCAAAGCGCGCGUGUUCACUCGAGACAAUGCGGAGUAUGUUGAGCUGAGCAGAGAAAGAGGAGUGCUCCUCAUCAGAGACCGGAUAGACAGAGAGGCGCUCUGCAGACAGACGACGCCGUGCGCUUUACACUUCCAGAUCAUAUUAGAGAACCCCAUGGAGUUUUACCGCGUCACUGUGGAGAUUACAGACGUCAACGACAACCCCCCAGCAUUUGAAAAGGACGUUGUUGAAUUCAACAUUAGUGAGUCUGCUGUAAGUGGGGCGAAAAUGAUUUUAGACAGGGCAACGGAUCCCGACGUGGGGGGAAACGGUUUGCAAACGUACGCGCUAAAACCGAUGGACAAUUUCUCCCUUAAAUUCUUAAAUCAAGCAGAUGGUACAAAAACUGUCGAGAUGGUGUUAGAGAAGCCUCUCGACAGAGAGGAAAAUGAGCAUAUAUCUCUUAUUUUAACGGCGAUUGACGGAGGCGAGCCGCAGAUGUCUGGGACAAUGCAGAUUCUCAUCACGGUGUUAGACGCCAAUGACAACGCUCCUGUUUUUACGCAGCCCACAUAUAAAGCCUCCAUUAGAGAAAAUGCCCCGAUAGGCACAGUUGUAACGACCGUUACUGCAACAGAUGCAGAUCAUGGCUCUAACGGUCGAAUAUCGUAUUCUAUCUCAAGUUUAUUGGAUUAUAGUCGCGGAAAGUUCAAAAUAAAUGCGCAAAGUGGUGAGGUUAGUUUAACAGAAAAUAUUGACUACGAGAAAGCUCAAACAUUACAAAUAAAUAUACGUGCAAGUGAUGACGGAGGACUAGUCGAAUUUUGUAAAGUCAUAGUCGAAGUGUUAGAUGUAAACGACAACAAACCUGAUAUUCAUAUUAUGUCUAAAUCAAAUGUAAUAUCAGAAGAUGCAAAACCCAACACUGUCAUCACCAUGAUAAAUGUUGAAGAUGCAGACUCAGAUGAAAACGGUAAAGUACAGUGCGUCAUAGAUGACGAUAUUCCCUUUGCGAUGAAAUCGACAACGAACAAUUUCUAUAGCCUGGUGACAGACAGUGAUCUGGACCGAGAGAGAGCCUCAGAGUAUAAUAUCAGUAUCACGUGUUGUGAUGAGGGAGUGCCCUCUCUCUCCAGCAGCGUCACUCUCACCUUACACAUCUCAGAUGUGAAUGACAACGCGCCUGUCUUUGAGAGGAGCUCAUAUGAGGCCUACAUUGUAGAAAACAACACACCGGGUCUCUCCAUAUUCACAGUGAAAGCCACAGACGCUGACUGGAACCAGAAUGCCCGUGUGUCUUAUAUACUGGAGGACUCCUCGGUUAACGGAGUGCCCGUCUCCUCCUAUGUGUCCGUCAGUGCUGAUAGUGGAGUCAUCCAUGCAGUUCGCUCUUUUGACUACGAGCACAUCAAGGAUUUCCACUUCUGUGUUAAAGCGCAGGAUGGCGGCUCUCCUCCACUCAGUAGUAACGUGACUGUGAAAAUAACGAUCCAGGACCAGAACGACAACGCCCCUCAGGUGCUGUACCCAGUCCAGACCAGCAGCUCUGUGGUGGCUGAAAUGGUGCCUCGUUCAGCAGAUGUGGGCUAUCUGGUGACUAAAGUGGUGGCUGUUGAUGUGGACUCUGGACAGAAUGCCUGGCUCUCCUAUAAGCUGCAGAAAGCCACAGACAGGGCGCUGUUUGAAGUGGGCUUACAGAAUGGGGAAAUAAGGACUAUCCGCCAAGUCACUGAUAAAGAUGCUGUGAAACAAAGGCUGACUGUUGUAGUGGAGGACAACGGGCAGCCCUCUCGUUCAGCUACAGUCAAUGUUAACGUGGCGGUGGCGGACAGCUUCCCUGAAGUGCUCUCAGAGUUCACGGACUUUACGCACGACAAGGAGUACAACGACAACCUGACUUUUUACUUAGUCUUGGCUUUGGCUGUAGUGUCCUUUCUCUUCAUCACCUGCUUAGUGGUCAUCAUAUCAGUGAAGUUAUACAGAUGGAGACAGUCUCGCAUCCUCUAUCAUUCCAGUCUACCGGUGAUUCCCUAUUAUCCACCACGUUACUCAGACACUUUGGGGACAGGGACUCUCCAACACGUGUACAAUUACGAGGUGUGCAGGACGACUGACUCCAGAAAGAGUGACUGUAGGUUCGGCAGAGCCGGUAGUCAGAACGUGCUGAUAAUGGAGCCCAGUUGUACAGGGACGAUGCAGCGGAUCCAGAAUGAAAAGAACAUCCUGGAUGAGCCAGACUCUCCUGUAGAGGUUAGACCUUGCCCAUUUUAUAUUUCAACCGAAGCUGAGAUAUGUGUUCAAUCAGUUGUUUAUCCGUGGAACAUUUUCAGGGCAGUGAAAGGAAUUGUGUCUGUUAUUUCUAUUUGA